UCCUUCAAACCCGAUCCGCGUCAGACUGUUUUGGAAACCGAGUGCAGAGGAAUUAAGAGCUGAAAGCGAACAGUUUGACUACUUCCUGUGUGGCUACGUGUGAGUGACGUCUUCACUUCGAACACUCCCUGCUCCCAGAAGAACAGGGAGAGGGAGAAAGAUGGCGCCCACACACGUCCUGAGAUGCUGUCAACGGGGUUUAGCCUGGAUCCCUGUGAUUUUUAUCGCCCUUGUCGUCUGCUGGUCCUACUACGCUUACGUGGUGGAGCUUUGUUUGUACACCAUUACCAUGAUGGGAGAGCGGAUUGUCUACCUGAUCUUCUUCCACAUCUCUUUCGUCAUGUUUGUGUGGUCUUAUUGGAAGACCAUCUUCACCAAGCCUGCCAACCCUUCCAAAGAGUUUUGCCUGCCAAAAGCUGAGAAGGAGCGCUACGAGAAGGAGGAGAGGCCAGAGUCCCAGCAGGAGAUCCUGUGGAGAGCCGCCUCCACCCUGCCUCUGUACACUCGCACGGGCACCGGAGCGAUCCGCUAUUGCGACCGUUGUCAAGUCAUCAAGCCGGACCGGUGUCACCACUGCUCCGCAUGUGACAUGUGUGUGCUGAAGAUGGAUCACCACUGUCCUUGGGUGAACAACUGUGUUGGCUUCUCUAACUACAAGUUCUUCAUCCUCUUCCUGGCCUACUCGCUGGUGUACUGUCUGUUCAUUGCCGCCACGGUUCUACAGUAUUUCAUAAAGUUCUGGACCCUUUGUCGUAGGAAAUCGGCAGAGAACUGCCCAAAGAACGAUCUGAAUAACUCUGCCAAAUUCCACGUCCUGUUUCUGUUUUUUGUGGCGGCCAUGUUCUGCAUCAGUAUUCUCUCCCUCUUCAGCUACCAUCUGUGGCUCGUAGGGAAGAACAGAUCCACAAUAGAGGCAUUCAGAGCGCCAGUCUUCAGAACAGGCUCAGAUAAAAACGGUUUUUCUCUGGGUUUCCGGAAGAACAUCGCUCAGGUCUUCGGUGACCAGAAGCAGUACUGGCUGCUGCCGAUCUUCACCAGUCAGGGGGACGGUCUGACAUUUCCCACCCGAUUGGUCAACGCUGAUGCAGAGCAGGCCACUGUCACUCUGCAACCUGAUUCCAAUAAAUGCAUACCGGAGGUCUCCGUGAGCCCCCUCAGUGAGUCACAGAACCGCCUUCUGAGCAACGAGCAGCAGGCCAACAACACUGAAGACCACCCGGCCGAAAACUUAGUCAAAUCAGCCGAGAGUGAAACCGUCACCAUGGAGAGUGAGUCCUAACCAGGCUACAGGAGAAACAUGUCAUCUAAAGUGAUGCCUUAAAAAAACAACAAAAAAAACCCCAAACGGUCUUGUUCAUCAUCAUGGCAACAGUUCCCAUAAGUGGAUUCCUCACGGACACAUUCAGAGAACCUUUUUGGAAACGCAGUCCACUGGCACAGGGCACCACAGUAUUGCUUUAAUAGCCUUGGCGUUUUUGCAUGCAGUGUUGGACGGACAUCUAUUAAACACGGGUUCCCCAUCACCUCACUCGGCUUGGACGCAUUUCUCUGCUUUUGUUUUGCAAGUGUAAGAAGAUCUGCAGGACUCUUCAGUUGAACAUUUUUUUUUUAUAUAUAAUUAUUAUUAUUUUUGUGCCAACAGCCUCCACGAUGCACCUGAUCUCAGACGCGCCGAGCGCGCUGUAAAAUUUUUCAGCAUUGUUUUUUUUUAAACCAAUCCAUAUUGUGGAGAUGGAUCCUUGCUACCCAUUCUGUGCAUCUCAUCUUUUUUUAAAAAAAGAAUUAUAAAGAUGGAGUGAUUAUUAUUUUUAUUUUUUAUUUUUUUUGCACCUUUUUGAGAUGGAUGUUUCUGCCACCAAAAACCUGGACCGUUGCAGAGGACUCUACCCCACGGUUCAGUGGACUGUGCCUGUCCUCGGCAUCAGAGACUGGAACCAGACUUCACGUGGCGAGAUAUUUGAGCACAAGAUGGCGCAUUUGCACUUUGUUGAUAUUAAUUGUCCAACAAUACAGCAUUCUCUUUUCCCUUUUUUUUUAUUUUACUUUAACAUAUCCAAACGAUAUCAAUGGUGUGACAGAUGUUUAUGUGUUACAGUCAUCAAAAGCUGACUGAAAGGAUUAGCUCAAAGUGUCUUCGAGGCUAAAUGGCGUUGAAUUAUGCUGCUUUAAAAAGAUGAAACGGUUGAACCUGGAAAGUGUUUUACCCAGUGCACUCUGGCUAUUUUGUUUUUCUUUUUUCUACUGUUUGGUGGUUUAUUUCCACAGCUCACAACUUCAGCCUUUACCAAGACACCUGCUGCCAAAUAAGGGCUGACUUGUCAGGAGCUCUGACAUCUGAACCUGAAGUGUUUACAGCAUUUUAGCUUUAUCCUAACCUCCCAGGCCAGUCUCAUCACAUCCCGAAAUGGAUGCAGCAGUUUCUGUGAUAUGUUUUUUUAAUGCAUUUAUACGUCUCUGAAACGUGUUGCGUUACUAGUUUCAGACAGUAGGUGGAGAGAAUGUGCUUUUGUUUUUUUUUGUGCACCAACGCAAAUACAGUUAAAACCAGAUGUUCACAUACAAAAGACACAACCUUAUUCUUUAUGCCUUUUCUGAUUGUAAAUCACACAGAACAUUUCCCGUUUUAGUUCAGCUAAGGUUACUGCAAUACUUUGUGUUUGCGAAAUGCCAGCUUAAUGAGGAACAGUUUGUGAAUUUUAGAAAACUCUCGUAAAAUUGUUUUUUAAACUGUGAAUUGGGUUAAAAGUUCAGGAUUUCUUUCCAUAAACCACUUUGUGGUGGUAGAAUUAGGGUCAUUGUUCAAAUGGGUGACCUGUUUUUGCCUGAGCUUUAACUUCCUGGCAGAUGUCUUCAGAUGCUGUUUCAGCGUAGUCCCUUUUAUUGGAGGGGGCCAUGUGUGUUGUGAAUCACACCAGUUUGGAGUGAAACAGCCACAUGGUACCUUCCUCCCUGUACUUCAGUUUGGGAUGGUGUGCUGUGGCUGGCAAGCUUUACCUUUCAUCCCUCUCUGUCAAAUGAUGGUGAUGACGGACAGGUAUUCUCAGACUGUAAUGCGUUUCCUUUAAUGUUUGUUUUGGAGUAGUGGUUUCAUUUUCGCUGAACGAUGUCAGUAUAGUAUCAAGAAGGUAGAGGUGGGCUAUGAAUCAAUAGCAAUAUAUAUCGGAAUGGAUACGUGAUCGAUAUCAACAAAAAAUACAUCAAAUAGAACGUUCAAUAAUUUCAGUGAACUCGGAUGCAGAACCGCACAGCAUUCUGGGGGGUGUAGGCAGAGGGAAGGCGUUUGUCCCUCAACUACUGAUGGCUAGCUUAGCAAGAUGGAUGGCGUCAACCAACUUACCCAAUGUUUUGUUACCGAUCAAAUAUCUUGUUGAGAAAGUUUUGUCUCUAAGCAGUUUUGAACCGCGUGGCAAAAUAAAAACAAAAAUUGGAGUGAAAGGGAAAAGUUAGUACAAAAGCUUGACUGUGGAUAAAACAUGAAAGAUUAUGCCAGCAAUUUGGCAGUAUUUUACAUAUUUAAAAUGAAAAACUAAUCAAUAAUAAUCGAUAUUGACUGAUAUGAAAUGUUUAUAUUGUGAUAUGUUUUUCAGUCAUAUUAUCCAGCCCUACUUGAAGGCAUCAUAAAUCAAUUCAAAAGAAAUUUGAUUCCAAACGGAAAUUAAAUCUACUGAUUACUCGAAUCUAAUUGGAUGUCAUAUUUGAUUUUGAAGACGAUAGUAGAGUUCUUUAAACUUUAUCUCUUAUUAUUCUUGUGUAUCUAUUAGAAUGCGAUUACAAGAAAUGUGCAUUUUUUAACCAUUUAUCUGGUUUCAAAUGUAAAAGUCUGUUCUGAGGUCAGUUUUCUUUUUUCUUACUGUAGUUCCCCCAGUGUUAGCUCAUUGUGGAUCGUUUUACUGUGAUAAACCAUUCAUAUCUGUUCUGAAAGCGAAUCGGACCCCUCUGAUCAGAUCUGAAGCUCAAAUUGUGCCAGUUUUCAGAACUGCUGAAGGACACCCCGGGUUUGUUCGACACUCUUGCUGUAAGUGGUCUUGUUUCAAAAUGUCGAACACGGGUUUCCUGAAUCCCAGGGUCGGCUGGGAUCUAUAGAAACCUGUCGCUGGAUGAUCCCCUCCGCAGAACAGAUCCCACCAAACUCUCUGGUCGUGAUGUUUACAGCCUGUUCGUUUUGAGCUUUGUGCGGUGAAACGUCGUGAGAUUCCUUCGGAAAUCUUAACUUCAGAGUUGUGUCUUUCUGGGUAUGCUUAUUAUUAUUGUUAUUAUUAUUUUUAUGCUUUACAAACCGGCGAAUGAAAGGUUUUGUUACUGCACUAUCACACUGUGGUUAGAUCUCAAAAGUACUAGACUAAGUUACUGUAACGGAUCCCUGUCCAAGCCAAGGUUCUGUCCUCAUUAUGUAUAGCUCGUGAUUUAACAUUUAGUGUAAGAAAAUAGUUUCAGAAUGUUUUUGUGUCACACAUAAGGAACUCGCAUCGAACCUGCCGUCUUGUUUUACCGUUGCCUGUAUCUUCUGCCCGGCUGUUUGGCCCCCCUAAGCAGAGUGUGUGUGUAUGUGUGUGUGCGUGAAUUUUUUUAAUACUUAAUUUUUAGUGUCUUUUUGUAAUAUUCUUGUAUUGGAGGAAUGCUUCUGUGCAAAAAAGAGAUUCUGGACUCUGGCUCUAAGCAUGGCACCUAACUUCUGUAAAAGAGGGGAAGGGAGGGAGUUUUAUUAUAAUACUGGGGGUGGGAGGGUUGGUGUGAAAUUGUAAUUUUUUUUUCUGAAAUUUUUGCAAGUCAUGUUUUCAACGCGCUUUACUCUUGUCUGUAUAAACCGAUUAAAUGAAGCCAUAAAAACUCCUGUGAAAACAAGGGGGAUCUGAUGACUUUGGUUAUAUUUUAUACAUAUUUUAUGCUACAUCUGUCUCCACGGUUCAGGUUGUAGCCUAUCAUAACUGCUAAUAUCUUUUUAUGUUCUAUUUUAAAGUGUGUGUGCUAUAUAAGCAAACAAAAGAAAAUACUAUAUAUAUUUUUCUUGUCUCAUUAAUUUCAUUGUUCCUACUUAUAACUACAUGUCUCUUAAUUAACUGGAAAAUAAAUGUUUUUUUUUUUAAUA